ACUGGGUGGGACCCUGCAGUGUCCUGGAGAGGGUAGGGGAGGUUGUGUACCGGGUGCAGCUUCCUCCCAGGGGGAGAAAGGUGGCACUGCACCGGGACAGGUUAGCCCCAUACAGAGGGGCCUCUUCUCCCCAAACCCCAGGAACCCCCACAAUUCCCCUCUCUGGCAAUGACAUUCUCCAGGCACCCACCCUCAGGUGCCGCAGACAAGGCUCCAGACAGCCCACUCCCCCUGUCUCCCCCUGUGUCACCGCGUGGUUCCCCAGAACCACGGACUGUAUUACCCGUUCCCGCUUCCUUGUCCCCCAUAUCCCUGCCUUCAUCCCCUGGUUCCCAGAGGGGCACUCUGCGACCAUCACGGCCACGCAGGCAAGGAGACCUCCGGGUCGCUUCAGAGACUUUGUUUGUUCCCUCGGGGACGAGGGACUUUGUGGUGGGGGGCUGUGUAGCGACCCGCACAGACAGCUGUGUGUUAUGUGCUAGGCUAGGAGGUGGUUGUGUUGUACUGACCAGUACCCGGUGUUCGCGGGGUCCGACAUGUCAAUCAACCUGCUAUCUGCCAAUCACGGGAAUGUCUGGAAUGUUCUGAUGCCGGGCAUCCUGGUGGUUGGCGGAGUGGCGUGGAGGGGGGUUGGGCAUUGGAAGUUAAGACCAGGUUCAGCCUUUGUUCUCUCUCUCUUACGUCUGGGCUUCACAAGAGAAGGUCACGAUUGGCUUGUGGGUUAUCUGUCAUCUAUUUGGCGUGUGCUACGGCCCAAACAGUAGCCUGUGUAAAGUUGGUUCAAUAAACCGUCAAUUCGCAAACUCAAGCCUCUGUCUGGACAAUUGUUCAUUUAUGAUCUAGUCAGGUCAUUACAAUAUCUUAACGAACUCAUGAAUUGUUACCAUAUAGACAUUUUACAUUGUGGCAACCGAUGGGCUGGGUUUGUUGACAAAGUGUGGCGCGCUAUCGACGUUUUCAGACAAUUUAGCCUAGGUGGCUUGGAAGCAAUACACUACUUUGAACUAUGUAUUUUAAGACCGAUCCAGAACAAAGAUGCAAUGGAAGUCGAUACUGGUUGGUCUCGUACUCAGACUGACUUUCAAGUAGUCUACUAUAGCUAGCGUUUGGACUGGGACCUAGCUGGGGGUUCAACUUCCCCCUAAAUUUAAAUGGAGAAGCAAAGCAGGACCUCUUUUGCCAAACUUGGUGAAGAAGAUUCACCUAAGAAGAAGUCUAAGAUUCACCUAAGAAGAAGUCUUACCUUAGCCUCUUUGAAGGGAACAGAGAUGACAGGAGAUAUAACUCCUUCCCGGACACACUCAAGUUAAAGAUGAAAGGCAUGGCCAAAGACAUGUUCUACUUUGGAUACGACAACUACAUGAAAUAUGCCUUUCCCGAAGAUGAGCUCAAUCCCAUUGACUGUCAAGGGAGAGGUCCUGACGUUCUCAACCCGUGAACCUGAAGAGUGGUGUCUCUCCAGACAGCAUCAAUGAGACUUGCACAUCUGGGGCUGGCUCCCUGAUGGUGGAGUUUGGCAUUCUGAGCCGUCUGAAUGGAGACUCCACGUUUGAGUGGGUGGCAAGACGGGCUGUCCGAGCCCUGUGGAACCUGAGGAGCAACGAGACAGGCUUGCUAGGGAACGUGGUGAACAUUCAAACGGGACAGUGGGUUGGCAUGCAAAGUGGCCUGGGAGCAGGGAUGGACUCGUUCGACGAGUACCUGCUUAAGUCUUACAUCCUGUUUGGAGAGAGAGAGGACUAGCGGAUGUUCCAAGCUUCUGAUGAGAGCAUCCAGAACCACCUGAGAAUUGGGAGGGAGUCAUGUAAUGAGGGAGAAGGGGACCCUCCACUCUACGUCAAUGUGAACAUUUUCAACGGCCAGAUCAUGAACACCUGGAUCGACUCCCUGCAAGCCUUCUUCCCUGGCCUCCUGGUGUUGAGGAGGACAUUUGCAUGCAUGCCUUCUACUACGCCAUCUGGAAGCGCUUCGGGGCCCUGCCGGAGAGGUACAACUGGCAGCUACAGGCGCCUGACGUGCUCUUCUACCCCCUGAGGCCAGAACUGGUGGAGUCCACCUAUCUCCUCUACCAGGUGUGGGUAUGCCACUCUUCACCACAUGGUGGACAAGUCCAAAGAGGAUCGAUUAUUGGAGACUCCACGUUUGAGUGGGUGGCAAGACGGGCUGUCCGAGCCCUGUGGAACCUGAGGAGCAACGAGACAGGCUUGCUAGGGAACGUGGUGAACAUUCAAACGGGACAGUGGGUUGGCAUGCAAAGUGGCCUGGGAGCAGGGAUGGACUCGUUCUACGAGUACCUGCUUAAGUCUUACAUCCUAGUGCAUGGGGAGCUUUUUUCUCAGCGAGACCUGCAAAUACCCUUACCUGUUAAUCCUGGGACAUUCUCCUUCCAGCUGUUUGAUGAUGACAACCCCUUGCACAAAUCAGAGAACAAGUACAUCUUCACCACAGAGGGCCAUGUGGUACCUAUUGAUGCGCGCUUCCGGGAGAAGCAGUGGAAUGACCUGUUCCCCUGUGAGGAGAGAGUGGUGACAGACCAGGAGACCUCCAACGGGUCAUUUUCUAUCCACAAUAUCAAUUGUGACCGGGUCUCUGAAGAGCGCAGGUACUCCCUGCCUUUGAAGAGUGUGUACAUGAGACAGAUCGAUCACAUGGUGGGACUGUUCUGAGGAGAGAUCACUGCUGUGUCUGUGUCCUCAGUUUGUAGACUCACUAACUCAGGCACAGCUUGUUGUGUGAAGAGGACAGAGGGGUCUCACCUCACCCUGCGCUACCGCUCUGCUGCUCGGGACCAAGGUGGACAAUACUCUCUAGGACUUUAAAAAAAAAAUAGCAUUUCAAUUUUUUUUGCGGUAUUGUUUUAUAAUAUGCAUCAGUUUAUUUUGUAAAGGACAAUCUUUUUUUUUUUUUUUCAGUAAAAGGUUUGCUGGAUUCCUGUUCCACAGCAUUUGAAAUGUGACUCAUUGGGUGUUAGGUGUCAUUAUAACUGGGAUGUUUUGGUUGAGGAAUGAAUGAAGCAGUGAUGAGGGCUUUACUGUUCGAGCUUUGGUUUGGGUGUGUAGCUAGGUGUUCUGAACAUAUCUGUGAACUGUUAUUGGGUUGAGGGAACAGUGCCAUCCAGAUACCUGUUUAAUGUCCACAGCAUCAUUUUAAGUGCAUUACGCAAAAAAUAGAUAUACAGGGUGACUAGUGCCUCACUAGGAUUGUCACAGUUAUGUUUUCAACUCCGCUUCUGAGGCAUCCUGUUAUCUUUUUUAAAUGCAGUGUUAUUCAGAUAUCUGAGGUGAAUGUGUGAUAUAUGCAUUUCUGACUGUCAUGCAAUUGUCUUGCAAUAGGCAGGUGGAUGUAUGUAUGUCAUUUUAUGUGCCAUGACAGUGAGAUUUACAGUCACAUGAACCAUAGUGCCUUUGUAUUAAUAAGCAGCCAAAAAGACUUACUCGACACGUAUUAAUACAGACUUGACUUGGUACCUUAUUUAUACAGACUUGGUAUUAAUGCAGACGUGACCCCUUAUUAGUGCAGACGUGACCCCUUAUUAGUGCUGACGUGACACCUUAUUAGUGCAGACGUGACCCCUUAUUAGUGCAGACGUGACCCCUUAUUAGUGCUGACGUGACCCCUUAUUAGUGCUGACGUGACCCCUUAUUAGUGCUGACGUGACCCCUUAUUAGUGCAGACGUGACCCCUUAUUAGUGCUGACGUGACCCCUUAUUAGUGCUGACGUGACACCUUAUUAGUGCUGACGUGACACCUUAUUAGUGCUGACGUGACACCUUAUUAGUGCUGACGUGACACCUUAUUAGUGACACCUUAUUAGUGCUGACGUGACACCUUAUUAGUGCAGACGUGACACCUUAUUAGUGCAGACGUGACACCUUAUUAGUGCAGACGUGACACCUUAUUAGUGCAGACGUGACACCUUAUUAGUGCAGACGUGACACCUUAUUAGUGCAGACGUGACACCUUAUUAGUGCAGACGUGACACCUUAUUAGUGCAGACGUGACACCUUAUUAGUGCAGACGUGACACCUUAUUAGUGCAGACGUGACCCCUUAUUAGUGCAGACGUGACCCCUUAUUAGUGCAGACGUGACCCCUUAUUAAUGCAGACGUGACACCUUAUUAAUGCAGAAGUGACACCUUAUUAGUGCAGACGUGACACCUUAUUAGUGCAGACGUGACACCUUAUUAGUGCAGACGUGACACCUUAUUAGUGCAGACGUGACACCUUAUUAGUGCAGACGUGACACCUUAUUAAUGCAGACGUGACACCUUAUUAAUGCAGAAGUGACACCUUAUUAAUGCAGACGUGACACCUUAUUAAUGCAGACGUGACACCUUAUUAAUGCAGAAGUGACACCUUAUUAGUGCAGACGUGACACCUUAUUAGUGCAGACGUGACCCCUUAUUAGUGCAGACGUGACACCUUAUUAAUGCAGACGUGACACCUUAUUAAUGCAGACGUGACACCUUAUUAAUGCAGAAGUGACACCUUAUUAGUGCAGACGUGACUUAACAUAAAAGCCAAGAUGGUUGUGAUAAAGUGAAAUAAGUUAAUAACUUCCAUUCUGUGACCGGCAUAGAAGGUGGAAAUCAUUCCUCUUUAGUACAAUAUUAUUGACACUUCCUGUGGGUUUAAACAAAGCCAUAAAUUGUGUAAUGUUUAAUGUUGUGUAAGAGUAUCAUGUCUCUAUUGAAUAAUUCUGAAUUUCUAUUCCAAGUAUUCAUAUUCAAGGAAGGGCUAUUCAUGUGGCUAUACACCGGUCGUGCUGCUUUGUUUGUUCAUGUUAAUUUUGCUGUAUAUCCAAACACAGUAUGUAUAUGUGGACGACCUUGUGCAACCUUCCCUUGACUUAAUGGUGCUAACAGACAAUGUCAAGUACCAGUAUGUGGGGAGGAACAUAUUUUUUGUGAUUGACAUCUUGUUUUGCCUCUGUCUUGUGAAUUCUAAAAUUUUUGUCUUAGAUAAUCUAAUCAGGACUUAACUUUCUUCUCUCAGGUCAUGUUGAGUUUUAACUAAGUGGGCUUUUGACCUCUACAAUACUGUUCAGACAAUGCUGUAAGAAUGUUUUUCUCUUAAUGUCAGAAAAAAUCUAUACAAAUAUUGUAUGUGAAAUAAAUGCCAAGUACAGAACGUGA